GAAUGAGCUGCAGUCUUGGAGUAGAGCUGCCCACCACACCCCCUUCGACAGGCUCCGAGCUGUAAAGAGACCGCCUGAGUCAAGCAUGCCUCUUCUUACAGCUGCUCUCUGGUAUUGCAGGCAGCUGUAUACGUACCUCGUGCAUCUCUUAAAAUGGUGGGGCAGAUACCUGCAGAGAAAAUUCACAAAGAGCCGCUCUGUGCUGGCUGAAGCCGACCUGCUCGGCUACUGUGCGGAGAAGUGGACAGGAGAAGCGGAGCAGGCCCAGAAGAUGAGAGAGGCUUACGAAGACCUGUUUUGGAGACAUCAUGUCAAAUAUAUACGUCAAGUAAGGAGAGAUAACUACUGCGUGUUGAGAGCUGUGUUGUUUCAAAUAUUUAACCAAGGUAUUCCUCUUCCACCAUGGAUGAAGGCAACAGAUGUUCUAAAGCUCCCCGAGAAGCUUCUUUACUCACAAGGCUGCAACUGGAUCCAGCAGUACAGCUUUGGGCCAGAACGGUACACCAGCUCACACACAUUAGGAAAACUACGCAAAUGCAUCGACACGUUAAAAAAUCAGUGGAUGGAAAUCAGCCGCAUAAAGGACCCAUAUGAAAGAGGAAACCUGUGCAGUGCGCUUUUUGGGGACGAAAGCGUUGAACACCAGAUGUACGAGGCUGUGAAAUUCAUCAUGCUGUACCAAGUAAUAGAAGCCUAUGAAUGUUUGAACAACAAAGAGCGCAUCCCAGGUUUUUUUCACCACCUCUUCAUGCGUGACACAUCCUUGGACCCUUUGAGUUACAUGAUAAAUCACCUGAAUUCUGUAGGGGACAAGCGAGGCCUUGACCAGGUUGAUUUGUUCCUCCUUGGGUAUUCUCUGGAAGUGAAGAUAAUUGUUUACAGGUUGUCUAAGUUUAACUCAAAAGAUUUUCAAGUAAACUAUAUGGAGGCCUAUCAGAGGGACUGGCACGAAGUAUCUCUUCUGACUGAAGACGACCAGCAUUACCACAUUCCGGUUACCCAGAUAUAAAACUGGUUUCUCGUGGUGCACCAGAAGCAUCUGGCAUCCAAUGUGAACAUGAGAAGAUCCCUCCUGGAUCAGACCAGUGGUCCAUUGAGUCCAGCAUCCUGUCUCGUGCAGUUGACAGCCUUUUGUUCUGGAGGAUCAAUAACAGGAUGCGGAGGUGGAGGCACUCCUGUUGUUGCCUCCUGGCACUGAUAUUCAGAGGUUUACUGCCCCUGAAUGUGGAGGCUCUCCUUACGUCAUCAUGGCUAUCAGCCACUGGUAGACCUGUCUUGCAUGAAUCUGUCUAAUACUGUUUUAAAGCCAUCUGUGUCUGAAAAACUGUACAAGAGUGUUGCGCUUAGAAUCUGGCAGCCCCGCGCUCAG